AUGUCUACUAUUCAGGUCCAAUGGAGUCUCGACACCACGGUCGACCAGAGCCUCAAGGUCGCCCGAGGAAUCAUGUUCGCAGCGACGAGCGACAAUGUACAGCCUCUUGCUGUUUUGGCUUGCGAGAGGUUUGGCACUACCUUGACAAUGAGUGAGAGAGCUUGCACCUUGAUUGAAAAGCUAGUUGUCCCGACUCCAAACCCCGGCGUGAUUCCGUUUCUUCAGGCCGUGGUGGGUUGGUCGAAAGACGAUUCCGCGUCGCAUCUGGGAAAAUCACAGCCUGGGGUUCAAUUCCUAGGUCUGGCGGCAUCACUAUCCUCGGCGGAUCCCUACAGAUAUGCACCGGCACUACAGAGAAUGGUUCGGAACACAGCUGCGGACAAGGACCUAGUCCCUACCGUCACUCAGAUCCAGGAUCUUCUUGAGGCUCUGGCCCCGCGAUGCCAGUUAUCCGGGUUCACGGAGAGCGUCUUAGCGUGGCAAGCUGUGUUGGCGGAACAUGACUCACACCCAGGACCCAAACAUGGAGACUUCCGAAUCUGGUGUCCCCCAGGGCAUGGGGUGGAACGCCUGGUGGACGCGUUUCGUGAGAUAGGGCGACUGGGCGAUGCGUCCGCAACCGGAGCGACGAUUAAGACGUCUAGCUGGAUGGCCUGGAUAGCGGCCUUCACGGAAUGGUGUCUGGGGAAACCCCCUCGCAUCUUCAUAGAUGAUGGAAGAGAUGUCAAAACUUUUCUCAACUCGCCCGGGUCUUUAGUAUCCCUCAUCAUCUCUCAGAAGGACCCGUCUGUCUUGCCUUCUUGCGAGGUAUCGGUUCAGCAUGGCCCUGGAUUAGAAGGGCCAAGAGAGCUUGUUGUUAUUGACUUUAGCGACAGCGGCACUCAUUUAAGCGGAAUGCCGAGCAUUCAGGCUUACGGGCAAUGGCUGCUGAGCAGCAGGAGUUUCGGCGCGGGCUUGGCGAAGAGAGCCUUUGAUGAAGCCAUCCCCUAUGCCCUUCACCAAUGCCUCUCUUGCCUGCAUUUCUCCCCGGCACCCGAACUUGGACUCCACCCCUUUCCAGGCAGGCAUUGGCAGUCCGUCUGUGACAUGCUAAGAACGAUGUUUCGGCUUGACCCACGGGAAUUGCCUCCGUUGAGAAACGGAUCGUUGAUCGCCCAAUACCCAGUGACGAAGGAGCUUCUCGAGUCAAGGCGGAAAUCAUGUCUUUGCUCCAAAUGCAGGAUUAAUCCUCUUGACAAGGGGGCACCACCCACUGGAGAAAGCUUCUCGGGCUGUGAUAUCGACUUACUCUACUUCAAUCUGUCUGUUAUCGUUACGGAUGUACUUGCUCUAUCGCUGUUCAACUACCCGGAAGGCCUUCUUGUUAGGCCAGACAUACCCCAGCACUCCCGUGGUGGCGACGCACUUCCCGGACAGGUCAUGCACAUUCUCAAGACUGGGGAGCCGAAGCGGGCUAGUAUCCUCCAACUGCUCGCCCACGCUUUGGCUCUCGCCGGUCACGACAAUACUCAGCAAGUCAUGAGCGAGGACUGGGUGAUGUCUUGCUACAUGGGACAAGCGGUCUGGCCCGCCAUAUUCGACACAAAAGUCAUUGAGAAACAUGGCUUUUUAACUUUAAAUUGGGCUCGUGGCAACCUGAAAUACCGAGGAGCAAGCUACAAACAGGUAAAGGGGUCGGGGAACUACAACGGUCAAUGGACCGUCGUCCAAGCGCCCGAUCCACGCCCAGUCCUUGGGCCACUCAAUCUCUUUCCACAGGUCAAGGCGGCCUUCAGAACCGCUAUUGGGAAUAGAGAGCUUACUGUUGGCUUAGGACUGGACGGUGCGGAUGUGUUCUCGAGCUACACGAUCUCUCCGGUUCAAGUUCUGAUCAAUCUCUCGCAAGCCUUGAUCCUUGAGACCUGUUCACACGAUCCUCGGGCAGAAUUAUCGGAACCGGACGUGUUUUGUGAUUACAUGAAGUUUCCAAUAUUCGACAUUGCAUCUGAAGAAUUGGACAGGGGUUAUGGUGCACACCAAACUCGUGUCAUCGGUGUUGAUGGCCAUGAUAGCCUGCGACUUUUCUCUUGUGGAAUCAUGCGGUUGCCUUUGGUUGUCCGAAAACAGACCUGUCUGUCUUGCUGUCUUUCCGUGUGUAGGAAGACUGGUUGUCUCGUUCUGAUUUUGUAA